AUGAGAAGACAAAAAGAAAAGUUUUGGCAACAUGCUGAGCAACUUGAUAGUUCACAUUUCAAAUGCAAAUUUUGUGAAAAACAAGUUUAUGGAGGGGUCACUCGACUCAAGUAUCAUUUAGCUAAGGUUAGUGGUCAUGAUGUUGCCUCUUGCGAGAAAGUAUCAGAUGAUGUCCAAGCAAAAGCUCUUCUUGCUAUUAAUUCUGAAUCAAGUAGCAAAAAGCGGAAGAGUUGUACCAGUGGUGAGAGUAUAGUUGGUUCCUCUCCUUUAGCUAUAACUAGUCAAAGGCAGUCCACAAUGGAGGAAAUGAUCCCUAAGAUGGACAAAUCAACUUGGGAGAAAUCUCUUCGUGACCUUUUUAUUAAAAAUAAUAUUUCUUUCAAUGUUGUUCAAUCGGAUGCUUUCAUCAAUUUUGUGAAGUGCACAGCCCGUUAUGGUCCUAGUGUUCCUAUUCCAAGUUAUGGAACCCUUCGUGGAAGAAUAAUUCCUGAAGCAAGAAAGGACCUUGAAAAAUAUGCUGAAGAAUCAGAGGAGUGUUCCCAUGCUAAAUUUACUGCUUUUUAUAUAUUUGAUAUUCUUAAGAAAGAGAUUGAAAGUAUUGGCCCAAAUUUAGUGGUUCAGCUAAUUUCAGACAAUGCAUCCAAUUAUUCAAGUGCACUUGAUAUGCUUACUGGAAAGUAUCGUUGGUUGUUUAAGACUCGAUGUGCAGCCCAUGGUAUCAAUAUAAUGUUGAAGGAUAUCUAUGAAAAGUCAAUUGUUGAAGUGGAAGAGAAGCUUAGACUCCUAGUUGCAUCAGCUGAGUGGAGAAGUCUAAGAAAUUCGAGAUCUUUAGAAGCAGAUCGAGUAGUGGACACUAUUCAAAGGGAGUCAUUUUGGAAUGAUUCAAAAGAGAUUUUGAGAUUUAUGGAACCAAUCAUUCGAGUUCUCCGUUUGGUUGAUGGUGAUGGGGCUAUAUCAGGGUAUUUGUAUGAAGCAAUGGAAAGUGCAAGAGAGGUAUUGGAGAAGCUUUAUGAGGAAGACCACCGUGAAAGAUUCAAAAAGAUUCCUCAAAUGAAAGAUGCAACAGAUUUCAUUGGUGAGACAGUGGUUCCACAAGAUGAGAGGAGAGAAUAUUAUGGACAACUGGCAGUAUACCACAUGAAAUCUAGCACUCUUUUUACUCCCAGUUCCAAGAUGAUGAUGGAAACUAGUCAUCCUUGUGAUGCUAUUCCUAUCUUACAGAAGUAUGCCAUUCGAAUAUUGAGCCAACCAUGUAGUUCUUCGGCUUGUGAGAGAAAUUGGAGUGCCUGGGAUGCAGCACAAACCAAAAAGAGGAAUAGAUUGUCAGCAGCGAUGUUAGAUGAUUUAGUCUAUGUGAGAAUGAAUUCGUUGAUGAUGGAAAAAAGGGGUGAACUUGAACAGAAAAACAUGUUACCCAUUAAUCUUGACAAUAUUAGUGUCAAUGAUUUUGAUCAGCGCAUUGAGGACGUUGAUAAAGAGUUAGAGAGAUUGUUGGAUGAUGUGGAUGAUGGCAUUGCUGAAGACUUGCUAUUUGGUGCAAGUGCUAGUUUUACUGAGAGCGAGACUCAACCCCCAGAUAAAUAUGUCAAUGAUUUUGAUCAGCGCAUUGAGGACGUUGAUAAAGAGUUAGAGAGAUUGUUGGAUGAUGUGGAUGAUAGCAUUGCUGAAGACUUGCUAUUUGGUGCAAGUGCUAGUUUUACUGAGAGCGAGACUCAACCCCCAGAUAGUAUAUAA